AUGCAUGCUCCAGUUAGUUCGGAGAGAUCGCCGCAUACGUCGGUGAGAAAUACUGAGGCCCCGGAUGACAUGGAAAUGGAGGAAGGCGGAGCAGGCUCUGGGGUGAGUCCUUACAAGGAAUUCGAUAAGCUGAGCCCUAAAGUCAUGGCGCUUUUACCCACAAUAGCGAUCAAAUGCGACAAUGAGUUGUCCAAGACCAUGCGGACUGACGAACCAAAAAGGGAAUCAAUAAUGGCAGUUGUUUCGGAGCAAAGCGCAUUAAUGAAAGAGGUGGUGCGCAUUACAUUGAGAGAAAUGUGGGAUAAGUGCUGUUCAAAGUUAAACGACGAAGUGAUAGAACUUUUAGAAUCCGCAGGAAUUUGCGAUGUGGGGCGCCUCAAAAAUCAUUUGACAAAAUGCGAAGAGAUGAAGUCUGCAUUGGACAAAUUGUCGCAGAAAUUAGAGUGCCCGCUGAGUCAAAUAAGUCGUAAAGUUGACGAAGCGCUUGUGACUACGGCCAGUCUCAGUAAAAAGUAUUUCGAAAUGAAGGAAGAGUUAGAUAGAGAAAGAUUGCAGGCGGAGGAGCUGCGCCAGCGAAUGGAAGAGUGGAGAAAUCAAGUCGUAAACCCAGGCGAUGAUCAAGAUGAUAUUGGACUCGCAGCAAGCGACCUCGAUGGAAUCGACCCAGAGAUCCUUAAGGCUUACGCAGAACGUCGAAUCAAGGAGCGAAAUCAGAAUUCGAGGAUCAUCGGACACAGGUGA